GCAACUAGCGCAACGGACGACGUACCUUCGAGAUGGGUGACCGCAUGCCAGGUAUGGUAGGUAACCAAGCAGACAGGUGGAACGAAUCUCGCAACAUGGGUCGCGAGAACAUGCCUCCACCUCAGAAGCCCCGAUGGGAGAGGGGUCGAGGUUCUUCGCAAAUAGAUCCCGUUCUGGAACAACUGUCUUACCUCCGUGGUCCUUCCUCGGGUCUUGAAAGUCGAACCGUGGAACCCAAGAAAUUUACAGGACGAUGUCGUCUUUUCGUCGGCAACUUGCCGAGCAACUUUACGGAGGAACAAUUCAAGAAGCUUUUCCAAGACUUCGGCGAAACUGCAGAAGUAUUCCUCAACGCUCAAAAGGGAUUCGGCUUCGUCAAAAUGGACACCCGCCAAAAUGCGGAAGCUGCCAAGGCCGCCCUGGACUUCUUGCCAUUGCAAAACAAGCCAUUGCGAGUGCGAUUCGCCACACAUGGUGCAGCCCUCAAAGUGAAGAACUUCAGCCAGUGGGUCACCAACGAACUACUGGAAAUGGCCUUUUCCGUGUUUGGCGAAGUGGAGCGUGCUGUGGUCAUCGUUGACGACAGGGGCCGUUCGGUCGGCGAAGGCAUCGUUGAAUUUGCGCGGAAGCAGGCGGCGCAAAAUGCUCUCAAACGUUGCUCAGAAGCAUGUUUUAUGCUCACUAGCACACCGCGGCCAGUGAUUGUGGAGCCUUUGGAGCAACGUGACACGGAUGACGGCCUCCCCGAGAUGAACUUUCCUCCCAACCACAAGGCCAUGUUGAAGGAGCGCGAGAUGGGGCCUCGUAUAGCCGAGCCCGGUUCCUUCGAGUUCGAGUUUGCCAUGCGUUGGAAGAAGCUGUACGACGGCGAGCGUCUCCGCAAGGAGUCGCUGGAGCAGGACGUCAUGAAAUGUCGGCGUCAGCUGGAAGACCAGAUGGAGUUUUACCUCUACGAGCACGAGGCCAAAAUGCUCAGAGAAAAACUCCGAAUGAUGGAGGAGCAGAGCAGUAUGAUGGCUCGCGAACGGGAAAUGAGACUGCAGGAGGAGCGCAGGCGCGAGGAAGAGCGCCGACGCCACGAGGAGGCUUUCUUGAAGCAGCAACAGCAGCAGGAGGAAGAAAUGCGCAGAAGACGAGAGGAGGAGGGGGCUGCCACCAGGUCAGGGGUGUACCACAGUGGGGUGGCGGCUCCACCCCCGCCUCCGCACAUGAUGGGAGGUGCCAUGGGGGGUGCCAUGGGAGGUUACAACGGCAGCUUCAAUGACGGUCCACAGUCCAGUGCUGCCCGUCAAUCACGUUUUGACCAACCGCACAUGGGCGGAGGCGGAGGAGGAGGAAGCGACAUGAACGGGUCCAUGCGGGGUCCGCCCAUCCGCGACAUGAUGAUGCGCCGUGACGCCCUCGAUCGCGGGGAUUACGACAUGGACGCCAAGCGACAGCGCAGAUAUUGAUCACCCCUCGGUUACAUUUCCAGUCUCAUGUUUUAGCAUUUAGACUCAUCUCUAUCGCAUCAUCGUAUCCGGUUGAUCGAUUGAUCGUUUGAUCGAUUAUGUAGCGAAUGAUUUUUUCUGUUUUUUUCGUCCAUCUUUGCUAAAAAUUAAAACUGGGGGAACAAGGAGGUGUCAGCACUGGAUUCAAGACGCUGGUUUCGGGUCGAUGAUCCUAGUUUUCCUAGACUUGUCGCGUGUCCAUGAAUUUUAGAAUGUUCUGCACGUUAUGUAGUGGUAAUGGUACUAUAAUAUUUGACGCUGGUUUAAUCUUGACCAAACGGCUCGACACUGUUCAUCGGACGUCGCAGUGUGCUGCAUUGUAACAAGGUUUCUACGUAUGUUGCGAAAACAGAUUCUGCUGAGAUGGUCACCGGACGUCUCUCUUAAGCAUGCGGUCUACUGUAAGCGAACAAUCUGAGCGUCGUCGUAUACCACCCUUCGUCUUGUAAUGUUGUGAUGGGAUAUGUCUAUCCUGUGAAGAAUAAUAAAGGUGCCAUCUUUCAGUGAAGGAUGAAAAAAAAAAAAAAAGGCUGUUGUAAUGAGUUUUACCCACACACAAGUCUGCAAGUCGCAUGUUUUGAUUUAGUACCGUUCUUGAACCGCGAACCGCCAGACUAAAAAUAUUUGGGUCCAACUUUUCCUUAUUUCUGACUGGUGCUGGGCUACCAACAUGGAACGGAGUAGUUG